AUGGUCCAACAGCAACCUGCUGUGCCUGACAGCACCUCAAUCCUCCCUGAAAAGUCAUCUAACCAUGAAGCCAUCAGCAUCACAAAGAACUCUCUUGAUGGAGACUCGGGCACUACAAAACACAUAACAAGCACCGGUGUGAAAAAGGAUGUCAAUGUAAAUAAUGUUUCCACGCCGCUCGAUUUCAUUAACAAAUCCUCAUCAUCCCAGGAGGAAAAAGAUGCUAUAAUGCCCACUCAACGAACAACUCAUAAGAAGGGCAGCGGUGACCGUAGUAGACCCGCUCGAUUGAUCAGAAAUCUACAUGCCAGCUACUUUAAUCAACAUGCAUCAGAACAACCAUCCCAUAACCCAACGCUUUCAACUACUACCAAAGUUGUACAAUCUAUGCGUAGCAAUGUGUUUGCGUUUGGUGCUAUUGCUUCAGUGGCGGGCUGUGCUGUCCUUCUUGGACAAAGCCAGCUGGGACACAAGUGGAAUGGUUUUGGGACCAUUGGACUGAUUGUUCAAGUCACUUACCAUGGUAUAUUUGCGACAACCUGUUCCUGGCAAUGGUUCAAACGAAUGGCUUUCAAUAGCAGUAACAGUGUCGGCCAAGAUAAAAGUGAUUGCAAAGAGGGAACUGACUGCACUAGCGACAGUGCUUUUCAUCCUUCAGGAGCAACAGCUUCAGAACCAAGUCAUAUCGUGGGCUCGUCGAUGACGAGUGACAAUGAAGAUACAUGUUCUGAAUCAGCUCAUGCAACCUCGUACACCAAAACCGUCAAAGAGUCUUCAUCGCUUUCCUACUGGAUAUUGGGCUUUGGUCUCUUGGGCCUCCUUGGAUUCACCCCUGCUGCGACUAUUUACGCUUGGAAAUCAUACAUUUGGAGCCCAGUCCUCGUCCUUGCCAGCCUGUCGCCUCUAGUGAUUGGGCCGAUUUUAAUCGGUCUGGACAAAAUAGCCAAUGCCGCUUCUGAAGACGAGACGAACCAUGCAGCAGAAAUUGAUAAUUUGCAGAUGCGUCACGAAGAUCUUAUGGAAGUCUAUAGGAAUGACAACAUUCUCAAGAAAAAUAUGCUGCUAGAGACAGUUGGCAAGGAAGUUCAGGAUGCGGCAACCUUAGCUAUCGAGACUCUGCGCCAGAUGACUCCUAAGAGCUUGUUUCCCCCUAGUGUCUCUCGCGAACAACUCAGUCCGUGUACGUUGCCAAUACCCAUCACUAGUAUUCUCGGUUUAUUCACGACCAUGCGUCACUUACAGUAUAUUGCUAGGAACAUGCAGCGUCUUUCACGAGUCAUGUUCACAGAGUAUGUCCAGGGGAUUGUUGAAAGGACUUCGCCUCACUACCACCGUGGAGAGAAUAAGUUUGAUGUCGGCGAGUUUGUUCAAAGUCUCGGUGACCUUGUUUCAGCCGACGCUUCGUUGAAGGGAGUUGAAUUCGUUAUCUACCACUCUCAAUACGGUCUCAACCACGCAUCCAUUAAGGGAAGUGAAGAGAGCUGGAGACAUGCCCUCAUUAAUCUUAUUAAAAGCAUUGUUGAUUGCGCUAAAGCCGGAUCUACUGUUGAAUUGUGCCUUUCAGUGUAUGCCGUGGGUACACCUACUCAGGAAGAGAACAGGGUUAUGGUCAGCUUCGAGAUCAUGUAUUAUCCGAAUCCAGACUCCAAACUGAUGGAGGAUGAUCUCGCACAAUUGAAUACUCUCCUAGCUUCCAAGCUAGUUAGAGCCAUGGGUGGAUCAUUAGAGAUCGAGCAACUGGAAGGCUUUGUCAAGAGAUUUGUUGUUCAAAUCGAAGUUGAACUUAGCUCCAUUUCUCAUGAAGAAAAAACCUGCAAUAUCAAGCAAUCAGACGGUCAGCAGCGUCCUGUUCAUCCCUUGGAGUCUAAAGUUGACGAAGCAGCCCAGGUAGCAGCCACUAAAGACAAUGCUCAAGAACCGGAAAAGGCGCGAGCAAAUCCCGCUCACGAAUCACAACAAUUUUACCAGCAGCAUAUCAGAACUCCUCUUGUAUCCCCUUCACCCCCACCCUCAUCACCCCCACCCAAACGAACUGGUGUAGAAAGUAGCCAAAAAGUUUCUGGAGAACCUACAGUACCGGAACUUGUGCAAUUCAGCCAAAAACUUUCAGGAUUCAAAGUAGUUUUAAUAGCAAGGGAGCAUUCUGCUUUCGCUGUCCGUCUUACAGGAUAUUUGAAGUCAUGGGGAAUUAAUGUGGUUAAGAGAGCCAUUCGCGACUGUAAUGGAGCGCACAAUGAAUUCGAUUCGAGCGAUGUUGUUGUCUCAGAGGAACCCCAGACGCCUCUAGGCGGUAAGAGGACGAACUCUUCCAUGUCUCUUAGUGGGAAAUCUGGUUUGUCUGGCAAGGCUGAAUCGCAAUCAGCAAAAUCUUUCAAUCCGGCUUUUAUCAUGAUUGACGAUGAUAUCAACGCGCUUAAGCAGCAGAUUAUCAAAAUGCAAUCCACUCCUCCGUCACCAGCGCCUAUUGCUGGGGCGAGCAAACGGCCAACCCAUCGUCGGCACAAGUCAAUCACUUCCGUUCAACAAACCAGUGUCAUCUACUUUACUAGCCUGCCAACAUUUAAGCAAGCUAGGGAUACUAUCAUGUUUAUUUUGGGCACACACUCUUCGACUAUUCAUUACAGUAUUGCUAAUACGCUAGCUGGAAGCACAUUACAAGGACCACUCGGGCCUCUUCCUUAUAUUUUGGUCCUUCCCAAACCUGCAGGCCCCCGACGUGUAUUGACUGCGAUACACACGGCCAUCAAUGUGCCGGUCUUGGAUCAGUCAUACAGUCCUAUCGCUACUGCGCCCACGUCACCUGCUCCAGCCCUUCAUCGCUUUAGCGAGGAGAUUAAUCCUUUGGAUAGAGAUCAGAUCAUAUAUGAUCCAGUACUAAACCAGGCCUUUGCUCGCGUUCCUCAUUCCACUCAGAGUUCACCCGGUGGUCUCAGCCCUAACAAUAGCCUAAAUCGUGAGAAUCGACAUCGGGAUGAUCUUGUACGUCAAUUAAUCGAUGCAGGAGGAAGCAAUGGGCCGGUGACUAACCCAUUUGACCAUACAACCGCAAGUAUGAUGUCACCAGAAACACCAGGAUCUUUGCAAUCAGUUGGCUCCCCAACCGGCAUUCUCAUCCCUGGAAAUGGCAAUAAACCAGCCGUUAUCCAAUUUGACCCUACUGCGAAGCCAUCAGGGACGCUUUCUCCUUCACUAAUAGGAACUGGUCUUCGACGUGUCUCGACCAGCAUUACACGUACUCCUAAUCAGUUAGCCAUGAACAAUGAAGGUGGUACGGUUGUUAUACCUUCCGCUACUAGUACUGGCAACCAUCAGCCAUUCUCAUUCAUUCACAGCCAGAGAGGGACUGAGACUGGUACCCCAAGUGGCUUUAUCCGUUUAGGUAACGGACAGAUGAUGCGACCAAAUAUUGGACGUUCGCCUCUGAGCACGCCGCCUGCCAUCACUCAGGCAAACGGACUUUUGUUCUCACCGCCUGCAGUUAGACACUCGUCUAUGGCUUCACCUUUGCCACAACGACCCGAGCCUGCAACUAUGCGUAAUAGUAGUAGUGGUAGUGGAUCUCUAAGCAGCAGUGGCAUGGACAGCCCUAGACUUCCUCAUCCAGUUCUUCCACAUGGUGCCAUACCCUCCCCUUCUCCACUGCCCACAUCACCUGGCGCUUUGCCUCGUGCAAGUCCGGGCACUUCUGGUAUUAUUUCUAGCCACGCAGCAUCACCACCUCCUUCCGAUGCUGUUGCUGUCCGUCCACGAGGCCCUCUUUCAGCAAAGAAGACAAAAGACGCGAAGCCAUCCAAGUCAGCCCCUUCAUUGAUCCAAAGUGGGGUUGUAGAGAGAGUCAGUCCCUUGGUGAAUGUGCUUAUUGUCGAAGAUAACGAUAUUAACCAAAGGAUUCUUGUCAAGUUCAUGCAACAACGCAAAAUCAAAUAUGAUCUUGCUAACAACGGCUUGGAGGCUGUAGAGAAGUGGCGCGUAGGAGGAUUCCAUCUGGUGUUGAUGGAUAUUCAAAUGCCAGUGAUGGAUGGUAUUGAGGCCACGCGCGAGAUCCGUCGGCUGGAAAAAGCACAAAAGAUUGGUGUGUUCCCCACGGAUAAGCCCAACUCGGUUGGUAACUCGAUGCAGGCAACACUUUCGGCAUCAUCCGCAGCUUCUUCGUCUUCCGCUUCCAGCCCUCCAGCAUCGCCCUUCCGCUCCCCUGUCAUUAUUGUGGCGUUGACGGCUUCUGCAGAAAGCGAGGAUCUGAGGAAGACAGCGCUUUUGGCGGGAUGUAACGACUACAUUACCAAACCUGUUGUACUUCCAUGGUUAGAGCGUAAGAUUGUGGAUUGGGGAUGCAUGCAGGCUCUUAUCGAUGUUGAUGCCUGGAAGGAAUGGAAGCGUGGGUUGGAGGGAACAAGCCCAGGAGCUCCUAGUACUGGGCCUACAGGUGGCCCGACGCCUGCAUUGAAAAAAUCACUUGCAAAUGCGGCAAGUGUGACAAGAGCCAACCUGAAGCGGCCAUCGAUCAGCUCCCGGUCGAUCAAGAACUCCAAGGCUGCUGCUGCUGCUGCCGCCAAGUUGGCGAGCACGGCCGUAAAAAAGGAAGAGACAAAUACGCAGAGCAAUGGGGUAGUUGCAGGAGAGUUUGACAAGGCACCCGGAAGCAAAUCUGCAAUAGAUGAGGCAGAUUUGAAAGGAGGGAAGGACCCGAUCGUGAAGGAACCGUUGAUGACGUCCAAUAACGCUGCUGAAUCGUCAGUUGCAACGUCCGAACCAAAACAACCUUAA